UGCAUUGGCAAAAUGGCUGGAGGAGAGAAACUGUGUAUGUGAUAUAUUGUUAAUUUCAUUCAAUAUACAGCAUGUUUGGAUUAUAGUCACACCGUAUUAUAAUGGAAUGAAGUUAUUUAGGAGCUAUUGUGAUGUAUAGUGUUCUGGAAUGGCCAAAGCCUUCGACUUCCAGUGGCGUAUCCCUGUACCGGAGCGACUACAAAUAGGAGAUAUAUUUGAACGCUGGGAUGAGGAAUGCUCAGCACUAGAGUCGGGUUGCCUGGUGAAGGUUGAUGAGAAUGGUUUCUUCAUCUACUGGAAAAGUGACGGCAAGGAAGGCCAGGUACUGGAGAUCUCACAGGUGAAUGAUAUCAGAUUAGGCCUGCCACCCAAGAUUAAUGACCCUAAAGUGAUCAUUGACUUGGAACAGAAAGGUACAGGUGGGCUUGAGGCUCGAACUGUCACAAUCUGCAGUGGUUUGGACUUUGUCAAUAUCAAUUAUACCCCAAUGAUAGCAAGAGAUCCAGAGACAGCCAAGGCAUGGUUUCAAUGUCUCCGCCAGCUGACUCCCAACACAAAGGCCAACAAUAUAUGUCCGAUGUCAUCACUUAAAAAACAUUGGAUGAAGCUAUGUUUUAUGGUAAACCCAAGUGGCAAAAUACCAGUUAGAAGUAUUACUCGCACAUUUGCAUCAGGCAGAACAGAAAAGAUGAUUAUGCAGUCUUUGAAAGAUUUAGGGCUUCCAGGGGGAAAGAGUGAGGAAAUAGAAAUAUCAGCAUUUACUUUUGAGAAGUUUUAUGAACUGUAUCACAAAAUAUGUCCACGUACCGAUAUAGAGGAUCUCUUCAAAGAAUGGAGCAGUAACAGGCCAUAUUUGACAGAUGAAACCAUGAUUAAUUUUUGUAAUGAGAAACAAAGAGAUCCACGAUUAAAUGAAAUCCUAUUCCCAGAAUACAACAGAAAAAGUGUCACAAAAAUAAUACAGACGUAUGAAUUAGAUUCAGAAUAUAGGAACAAAAAUUGGUUAAGUUUAGACGGGUUUUGUCGGUAUCUGAUGUCAGAUGACAACGCUCCAGUAUUUCUCGAUCGGUUGGAUAUAUAUCAGGAUAUGGAGCAGCCAUUGUCUCAUUACUACAUCAACUCUUCCCACAAUACAUAUCUGACGGGACGACAGUUUGGCGGGCGCUCAUCAGUGGAGAUGUACAGACAGGUCCUGCUAGCAGGUUGCCGGUGUGUAGAGCUGGACUGUUGGGAUGGUAGGAAUGAAGACCAGGAGCCCAUUAUCACACAUGGAAAGGCAAUGUGUACUGAUAUCCUCUUCAGAGAUGUUAUACAAGCCAUUCAAGAAACUGCAUUUGUCACCUCAGAGUAUCCUGUCAUUUUAUCAUUUGAAAAUCAUUGUAGCAAGUUUCAGCAAUACAAAAUGUCCAAGUACUGUGAAGAGAUCCUUGGUGAUUUACUGCUUAAACAACCUCUACCUGAAAAUGGCCUUGAGCCUGGUACUGUAUUACCCUCGCCAAAUCAGUUGAAACGAAAAAUUCUUAUCAAGAACAAAAGAUUAAAACCGGAGGUAGAAAAACGUCAGAUGGAAUUAUUUUUGAAAGGUCAAGACGCAAUUAACGAUGAUCUUCCUGGUGAGGACCCGGAGGUGGUGGCUGAGGCAAUUGAUGGGGAGGCCGGGCCUUUAAAUGAUGAUAGCAGUAGUUCAAGUUCGGAUUCCCCGAUAACCACCCCGAUUACAGAACUCCCGCCAGUUUUACCACAAAGAGACAGGGACUUGAAUCCAACCCCCGUUAGCACAGACACUGAUCCCCACCCUGAGUAUAUGAUACCCAUAACCCCAGACCUUAUAGAAGAAGAUGAUAUAAACAUGAAAGUUAAGGGUGCUUUAACUGCUGAUGAAGAACAGGCCUUGAUGUCGACCUACCAUUAUACUGGAGCUACAACAAAUAUCCAUCCAGCACUGUCUGCUCUUGUAAACUAUGCUCAGCCAGUCAAGUUCCAGGGAUUUGAUGUGGCCGAAGAUAGGAAUUUUCACUAUCACAUGUCCUCCUUUAAUGAAAACACUGGCCUUGGUUAUCUUAAGACACAAGCUAUAGAAUUUGUUAAUUAUAAUAAGCGCCAGAUGAGUCGUAUAUACCCAAAAGGGGGUCGUGUGGACUCCAGUAACUACAUGCCUCAGAUCUUUUGGAAUGCCGGCUGCCAAAUGGUAGCACUUAACUUCCAGACCCCAGACUUGGCCAUGCAACUCAAUCAGGGAAAAUUUGAAUACAAUGGGAACUGUGGGUUUCUGUUGAAGCCAGAUUUUAUGCGGCGUCCAGAUAGAACAUUUGAUCCUUUCUCAGAAAGUCCAAUAUCAGGUGUAAUAGCAGCAUGCUGUACUGUACAGGUGCUGUCAGGCCAGUUCUUGUCAGACAAGAAGAUUGGAACAUACGUUGAGGUUGACAUGUAUGGUUUGCCAACAGAUACGAUUAGGAAAGAAUUUCGUACCAAAGUUGUCCCAGCUAAUGGCCUGAAUCCCGUAUAUAAUGCUGAAGAAUUUGUUUUCAGAAAGGUAGUAUUACCGGACUUGGCUGUGUUACGUAUUGCUGUAUUUGAGGAGACUGGUCGUAUGAUAGGGCAGAGAAUUCUACCUCUAGAUGGCUUACAGGCAGGGUACCGACAUAUACCACUACGUACAGAGGGCAACUUUCCUCUCUCCUUACCUACUGUAUUCUGCUGUAUUAGUCUCAAGACAUACGUCCCAGAAGAGUUUCAAGAUAUUGUGUCCUCACUAUUCAAACCCCAGCUACCAUUGACCAAUCAGAUCAUGAAGAUGGGGAUUGAUGAGAAAGAUAUCGGCGACAUUCCUAUUGUGUCUAAACGCCACUCUUCUGCGGGAAAUGGAAAAUUGCCGGCACAAGCCCAGAAUAGCACUGAUGGAACCAAGAUCUCAAAGAAAGAAGAGGAGCCAUGUUUUGAAGCAAUAAAUCGUGAUAAUUUAAAACUAGACAAAGUGUUUCAAAAAUUAUUAAAAAAACAGUGUAAGGAUUUAGAGAAUUUAAAAAAGAAGCAACAGAAAGAAAGAUCCACCAUGCAAAGACAGCAUUGUUUAGUGGUAGACAAACUUGUAGCAUGUCAUGACAAAGAGAAAAUAGCAACAGAAAAACAAGUAGAAAAAAUGAUCAAAAAGAAAGGGAGUGAGAACAAGUCUGGCAACCAGGGUAAGGUAAUGUCCUUAACUAAUGAUCACAAAGAGAAGGUACACCGUCUUGUUGUUGAUCAGACACGAGAGUGGUCCGACAUGGUAAUGAGGCAGCUAACCGAAGAACAUGAUCUGAAGAAGGAACAUAUAGUACAACAAAAUGAAUGUUUACUUAAACUGCUGCUUGAAGCACACACUGGACAGUUGAAGGAACUGGAGGUCAGACAAGAGAGGGACAAUAAGGAACAAAAGGCAGGUCAGGCAAAGCAGUCUGUAGAGUCCAGUAAAUCUGUGAUGAGUGACAAGUCUAUCAAAAACAAGGCAGAAAGAGAAAGACGGUUUCGAGAGAUUAACGAGAACAACAUGAAGAAGUUUAUAGAAGAGAGGAAGAGAUUGACAAUGAAGCACUACAGACAGGUAGAACAGCUGAAGAAAGUACAUCAGGAACAGAUAGAUAAGUUUGCCAAAGAUUCUGGAAAGGAAUUGGAAGUCGCAGAUAUGGUAAGAACAGAAGCAAAGUUUGCUAUGAAGCCAGAGACAGAUGUAUGAUGCAUACUGAAUUUUGUAGGUCAUGUGAUCAUCUCUCAUCCAGUCAAGUUUUACCAUUUAGCAGUGUUGUUGUUUCAGAAAGUUUGUGUUGUCAACUUUAGGAAUAUAUUUAAGAAUUUUGAAUCGGUUAUACCAAAUUUUUUCUUAGUUAUGUGUUACAUCAACCUAUAAUAUUUGGUCAGCACCCAUGUAUUUCAAAUGGUUUCAUUCAAAUGAUAAGUAGCAAUGUUAUUUAAGUUUGUGAAAGAAUUGAUGUACUUCUGGGUAAUUUUCUUUAUUUAUACAGAAGAUUUUACUGUCUGGGCAAUACAGUGAAUGUGGGCAAUACAAUAAAUGUGGGUAAUACAAUAAAUGAAUGUAUGACUCCUUGAAAAAAAAACAUAGUCGUGAAAAACUUGAACAGCAUGUAAAUGUAUCUGCGCAGUCUGGUCAGGAUCCAUGCAGUUCGCUUUCAAAGCCUAUUGCAGUUAGAGAAACCAUCAGCGAACAGCAUGGAUCCAGACCAGCCUGCGCAUCCGUGCAGUCUGGUCAGCAAAUGCUCUUUGUUGGUUUUUGUCGAGCCCGCUUGCGAAAGCGAAGACAUAGUUGUCCAAAUGGCUGUUCAGUGUGCGUCCAUCCAGAUUUGUUUGUCCGGACCAUAACUUUGACAUGCAUGGAGCAAUCUUGUUUAUAUUUGGCAUGAAUGUUAACCUCAGCAAGACGGAGUGUCAUGCGCAAACCCCAGCUUUCUAUCUCAAAGGUCAAGGUCACACUUACAGGUCAAAGGUCAAAUUCAAAAAUGACUUUGUCUGGAGCAUUAUUUCUUCAUGCAUGGAGGGAUUUUGAUGUAACUUGGCACAAUUGUUCACCAUCAUGAGAUGGAGUGUCAUGCGCAAGAACCAGGUCCCUAGGUCUAAGGUCAAGGUCACACUUAGAGGUCAAAGGAUACAAGAAUGACAACUUUGUCCGGAGCAUUUCUUCUUCAUGCAUGGAGGGAUUUUGAUGUAACUUGGCACAAAUGUUCACCACCAUGAGACAGAGUGUCAUGCGCAAGAACCAGGUCCCUAGGUCUAAGGUCAAGGUCACAUUUAGAGGUCAAAAGUCAGAUACAAGAAUGACUUUGUCUGGAGCAUUUCUUUUUGAUGCAUUGAGGGAUUUUGAUGUAACUUGGCACCAUUGUUCAUCAUCAUGAGACGGAGUGUCAUGCGCAAGAUCUUAGAAUUACUUCCCUUUGUUGUUACUAUAAAUAGCUUAUAUUUGUAACUUUUUAGCUCACCUGUCACAAAGUGACAAGGUGAGCUUUUGUGAUCGUGCGGUGUCCGUCGUCCGUGCGUGCGUGCGUCCGGCCGUCCAUAAACUUUUGCUUGCGACCACUAGAGGUCACAUUUUUCAUGGGAUCUUUAUGAAAGUUGGUCUGAAUGUUCAUCUUGAUGAUAUCUAGGUCAAGUUCGAAACAGGGUCAUGUGCGGUCAAAAAGUAGGUCAUUAGGUCUAAAAAUAGAAAAACCUUGUGACCUCUCUAGAGACCAUACUUGUGAAUGGAUCUCCAUAAAAAUUGGUCAGAAUGUUCACCUUGAUGAUAUCUAGGUCAAGUUUGAAACUGGGUCACCCGCCUUAAAAAACUAGGUCAGUAGGUCAAAUAAUAAAAAAACCUUGUGACCUCUCUAGAGGCCAUACUUUUCAUGGGAUCUGUAUGAAAGAUGGUCUGAAUGUUCAUCUUGAUGAUAUCUAGGUCAGGUUUGAAACUGGGUUAACUGCGGUCAAAAACUAGGUCAGUAGGUCUAAAAUUAUUAAAAUCUUUUGACCUCUCUAGAGACCAUAUUUUUCAAUGGAUCUUCAUGAAAAUUGGUCAGAAUUUUUAUCUUGAUAAUAUCUAGGUUAAGUUCAAAACUGGGUCACAUGAGCUCAAAAACUAGGUCACUAUGUCAAAUAAUAGAAAAAAUAACGUCAUACUCAAAACUGGGUCAUGUGGGAAGAGGUGAGCGAUUCAGGACCAUCAUGGUCCUCUUGUUUAUAACUGGUCGUAGGGAAAAAUCAAGACCACUUUUUUGUAGUACAACAUGCAUGUUACAUUUUUUUUUUUUUUUUUUUUUUUUUUUUUUAAAGAUUUAUGUUCCUUUGUUGUUACUUUAAAUUACUUAUAUUGUAACUUUUUGCAAUCUCUUUUUUAUUUGGCAUAAAUGUUUGCCUCAAUGAGACAAGGAGUGUCAUGUGCAACCCCCAGUCCUUUUGACAGCUGGCGGGCUCGACAUGUUGCCCAUGGGCAUCUAGUCUCAUGGUGUGGCUCAAAUAUGCCACUAGACUGUAGGUGUAGUGGUCUGCAUUGUGCAUCCUACAUUUACCACAGGUACCCGCCCGCUUAGCUCAGUAGGUAAGAGCGUUGGUCUAUGGAUCGCGGGUUCGCGAGUUCGAUCCUCGGGCGGGGCGUAUGUUCUCCGUGACUGUUUGAUAAACAACAUUGUGUCUGAAAUCAUUAGUCCUCCACCUCUGAGUGAUGAGGGGCAGUUGGCAGUUACUUGCGGAGAACAGGUUUGUACUAGUACAGAAUCCAGGAACACUGGUUAGGUUAACUGCCCGCCGUUAUAUGACUGAAAUACUGUUGAAAAACGGUGUUAAACCCAAAACAAACAAACAUUUACCACAACAGAAACAAUGUAAAAAUUCUUGCUUAGUUUCAAUUUGCCAUAUUUUCUAGGCACAAAAAUAUAACCACCUCAUAGAAUACAUUACUCAAUUAAAAUUUGGUAUGGCCAUAAAUGGGGAUCUUUGUAAAUAGGUCUAUAUGUAGACCCAAUGUAUGGCGGCUAGAAGGUAGGAUUUAUAUCAAAAUAUAAUUAAUACGGAUUUUGUUCUUAUUUCUUACUGUUAAGAGUAAUAUUUGACCUAGUAUUGUCUUAAUCGUGUUAUUUUGUAUUUGAAAAUACAUUUUUUUGUGUGAUUUUAUUUUAGAGAUGAAAGGUUAAUUGUUAUUGAAGUAUGGGAGUUGAUCAAGUUGUAAAGUCAGUGGAGCAAAAGAAAAAAAGAACAUGCAUACUUAACAGAAAUCAGUAAAAUUUCUUAAAAGUUCCCUUGUCUAUUUGCGAUGUUUUCUGAAAAUAUAGAAAUGAUAUAUCUCAUACAUAUCAACAUAUAUAGAAAGUUGAUAUUGAUAACAUCACAAUUCAACAUUUUUGUCAAUUUGUUCACACUGUAUAUAUACAGCAAACCUGCUAUAAGGUCACGCAACAUUGACAUUACUUCUAGAUCAACUCCACUUGCUUAAAGAUGUCAAGUUUUUAUAAAUAUUUUGGAAGGGAAAAUAUUAACUGAUUGUUUAAAUUUUUCUUCAUGUUUGACAUGUUGCAGUAACAUUUUAAAAAAUUAUUUUCAUUUUUGUUUUCUCAAACGGAUGUGUCACUGUAGAAUGCUGAUAGAGAAAUUAUUUCAAAUGCAUCUCAGAUAUUUUACACCUUUCAAAACAAAGUUUUUAUCUGUUACAUGGAUUCAUUGAAACAGUACAGCAAUAAGGUUAUAUCAAAGGCUACUUUAAUAAUACACACUUUUUAACAGAUUUUGAGAUUAGCUCUUCACCAGGUCCUAGAUUUUAAAACUGAGUUGGGAAACCAGUAUCUGAAUGCAGCCUUACCAUUGGUCAGUUAUAAAAUUGUUCUGAUUGCAUUAUCAGGUUGUUGUGUUUUUAAAGUAUCUUGAACAGUUUGAUUAUACAUUGCUCACACUGUUGUGAAACUGUUGUUUUGUGUUUUGUCAAGUUGAGGCAGUAUUUAAAAUGACAGACUUUUUACUGUAAUUUUUAUCAUGUAAGGAACAGUUCAUGGUAUUGUUUAAGGAUAUAAAUAAGUGAAUUGCAUUACAAAUUAUUGUUGUUCAUGUUAAGGCUGACUUUUAAUGGAAUAUUUAGUAUCAUUGUUUAAAAAAAAGCUAGUCACUGAUUUUGAUAAAUCUCAUGACAUACUAUUCACUUUAAUGAAAGGAUAACUGGUCUUCAAUGAUCUGGGCCCAGUUGUUUGAAACUUUAACCGCCUGUUAAAUUUUGAUUAAAAAUAUUAAGCAAGAUGGAAACCACCAGCAUGAUGUUUUAAUUUUACUGUUUACAGUUAUAGUGUUCAUAAUUCUUAAAUUAUAUUAUGUUUUACUAAGUCUUCUAAAAUGUCAAAAUGUAACUCUAUAAGUUAAAUAACCGUUAGCUUAAUCACCUGUUAAAGUUUCGAACAACUCCAGGGCCCUGUUGAUUGAACUUGGUGAAAUAUUUGUUUUUAAACUGAGAUGUGAGAAACUGUGUACAGAUAGAUACGUAAUUAAUUUGUCAAUAUUUACUGAGAUAGUUUCCUUGUACAUUUUGUUCUUGAUGUUCUGUGUGUCUUUUAUUUAAAGUUGUUGUGUAAAAUUACCUACCUACCUACCUACUUAUCUUUUAUUGUAGAGUUCUUCCAAACAACUGGUCAUGCUCAAAUUUCAUUAAGGAAAUAAGGACACAGAAUUCUUAAGUAUAUAUAUAUUAUCAAGUGAACAUAGCUUAUUAGUUUGUAAUCCACAGAUCUACCUGAAUCUUGAACACAGAAAGUAAUGCUGGCUCCCUACCAUUACCAUGUGUAGUACACAAACAAAAACAUACCUUUCUUGAAUCUUAUCAAGUGUGACAGCAUGCUAUUUGCAAGCAUCUGCCUUCCCUUAUGCAAUUAAUGGUAGAGGUUCUUUGGUUUUAAGCUCACCUGAGCACAAAGUCCUCAAGGUGAGCUAUUGUGGUCACCCUGUGUUGGUCAUCAUGGGUAAUUCUUUGUCCAUAAUUAGACUAGAAAUCGCAAUUAUUGCCUAAUCUUAUUGAAACUUUGUCAGAAUGUUACCCUCAGCCCGCAGUAAAAUCUGGGACAAGUUCAUUGCUGUAUUGCUUGGGGUCAACAACUAGGUCACUGAGUCAGUUAACAAGGAAAACCUUGUUAACUCUCCAGAGGCCACAUUUUCUACCUAAUUUUUAUUAAAUUUUGUCAGAAUGUUUGUCUCAAAAAAAUCAACGUCAAGUUUGAAACUGGGUUACCCGAGGUUUUAAACCAUGUCACUCAGUUAAAUCAUAUAAAAAUCUUGUUAAAACUAUUAAAGAGCUAGGCCACAUUUUCUACUUGAUCAUCAUGAUACUUUGUCAGAAUGUUUGCCUCUUUAAAAUCUAGGGUACAUUUUUGUCUUGGUCACUUGGGUGAAAAACGGUUCAGAUCUAUUGAAGACAAACUUGGUUAAUGAUCUGCCUAAUUUACUUAAAAACAUGGUCAUAACCUUUGUCUCUAUGAUUGAAUAAUAUGACAGAAAUGUUAUACCAAGUUUGUUCAGAUUGUUCCGGUUUGUUGAAAACAAGGCCGCCAGAGGUGGUAGUCACUUUUUCAUAAUGUAUACUAUAAUAUGUUUACAGUAUUUUCUGUAACUGAAAAAAAUCUUCUUUUUAGAAAACACUGGCCCAGUUUCAAAAUGAUUUCACAUAUAUUUACCAUGUGUGACCUUUUUCCAAAAAUGUUCACUAAGGUGAGCAAGCUAGGGCCAUCAUAGUGCUCUUGUUUUUGGUGGAAAACUGGGCAGGGUGUUGAUAAUCAAGCAUAGUGCUGAGCUCAACAUAAAUGUCAGCUGUGUAAAUAGUACCAGUCUCUGUUCAUUCAAACAUAAUUUAGUAAAUUUGGUGUUACUGUGGGCAGAUUGCUAUUAUGAGAAAAAGUUACUCUAACCACAGUUUAUAGAAACUGUUCAUACUCCACCCUUCAGCAGCAGUUUAAAAAAAGCUUUUAAUAUUCAUUUGAACUCGAGUCUUUGCAUAUUUGUUUCCUCUUUCAUCGAUGAAGUGAAUAGAGCACUAUGUAAGCAAUAUAAGAUACAUUACUGGAGUUUUUUUUCUAUUAGUGUGCUGUUGCAAAUUUAUUGUACAGGAACUGAAAUAUAACUUAUGUGCUUAAUUUAUGACAUUUUUUCAUUUUAUCCAUUUUUUAUUUUGUACAUAUUUUCAUGUUGAAUCAAAAUAUUUGCUGUAUUUUGAAUGGUUUACGAAGGUUACAUUUUGUCCUUUAAUUCUGUAUGUACAAAAAGUUACCCAAGUGUGACAUAAUGAUUUUGUCAUGUCUGUCUGUUAGUCACAAACGUUUGUGCAGCUUACCUUUCCAGAACUGCAAUAAUUUAGGUUUUCAGUCAAAGUUAAUAAAAAGGGGCAAGCGUCUAGUCCAGAUUUGUUUAUCUUCAACACUAUGCUUUAAUGACUGCCUUGAAUGAUUUACUGCCCUCUGUAAAGAUUCCCUUAGUCUUGACUAGACUACAUCACCAUAAAUGCUGAUUGGAUUUCAGCUUAACAUUGAGAAAGGAAUAAUACCAAGGCUGGUUUCAAGAAAUGCUUACAUUUUUUUUUCUUUGUAUGUGUAAUGGCCAUUUAAAGUGUUUUGUGAAUACAAGGAUUGUGUGUGACCACUACUUGAGCAUUAUGGUGCAUAUUGCUAAUUGUUCAAUUAGACAUUUUUGACUUCAGAAUACUCCCAUGUAGUUACAGUCAGUGCAAGCAUAGAAUUGUCAUGUUCCAUGAAUGAGGCAGUAAAUGGAGGCAUUGUACAUUUCACUAAGUGAAGAUAAAGUUAUAUGAGCCGCGCCAUGAGAAAACCAACAUAGUGGCUUUGCGACCAGCAUGGAUCCAGACCAGCCUGCGCAUCCGCGCAGUCUGGUCAGGAUCCAUGCUGUUGGCUUUUAAAGCCUACUACAAUUAGAGAAACCGUUAGCGAACAGCAUGGAUCCUGACCAGACUGCGCGGAUGCGCAGGCUGGUCUGGAUCCAUGCUGGUCGCAAAGCCACUAUGUUGGUUUUCCCAUGGCGCGGCUCAAUUAUGAUAUUUUUGGCUUCUGGCUGAAUUUCCAACCUUAAAUAAGGUGCAUUAAAAACAUGGACCUUAUAAGUCUACAUUGUUUUCACUGAUGUUUUUUUUCUUUAAUACUACUUAAAUAAAACAUUUAAGUACAUUUUCUGUUAAACAUGAACAUGCUAAUAUUUCAGGAUCUGAAUAUGUCAACAUACAUGACAUUGUAUUUUUUACUUCUGUUGUUACUUAUUUAAUUUACACUCUGAAGUUUUAGUUAUUUAUCUAUGUGAUAGCAAAUUUAACCUGAUUUUAAGCGCAAUUUUUUUUUAAAAAAUGGUGCUUGAGCAUAAUAAGUUUUAAUUUUAGUAUUGAAUUAUAAGUAAGUAUGUAUUAUGAUGAACCUGUCACAAAUGAAUAUCUUGUCAUAUGUUUCAGACAUACACAAGUCAUUGAGCAAUUUAAACAGUAUUUGAACAUUUUUAUCAUGCAUUGUCUUCAGAUGGUGCUCAAAUGUAACGUGUCCCCAAAUUACAGACUUGAUUAAACACAUUCGUUAAAUUCGUUGGCAUUCGUUAAAUGAUUCACAUAACCAAUUUCAUUGUACUGCAGGUGUGAUUUUUAUCUGGUAACAAAUUUUAUUUCACUGCAAUCAUCACUUAUUGUACCACAUGAAAUUUCACAAAGUUAAAGCCAUAAAAGACAUUUUUACUGGUCAUUGCUGCACAUAUUGUGCUGUAAACAGAGCCCCUUCUACUGCAUCCUGAUGUUCUGGUACACGAUAUACCCUAGGUGACAGCUUGGCACUGUUCAUGUGAAAGUCAGCACCACAUAGUCUGUUUAAUUGCUUUACAUCAAAGAAAUAAUAAACAGCACAAGUUUAUCUUGCCAUCUUCCAUAUGGAUCAUGAUCACCUUGAUCAAUUUAUCAAAUGGUUAUACAUUUCAUAAGAAAAGUGCAAAUAAAGCGUCUUUACUGAUCUGCAAGAUCUCAGUUUGUUAUCAAGAGACUUUAAUCUUAGCCAGCUGGUGGCAAGUGAUUUUGCCUUUGUGACGUCCGUGCAGGCUGACCAUGGUCUACACUGUUCACUAUUCAGUCAGUAAAUUCAUUGAACACCCAUUUGAAUAAUAAAUGGUACUGCCCAAAUUGAACGAUGGAUCAGUCCAUUUUAGAAAUUUAGCAGGGUGAAGGUUAAGAAAUUUCAGUGUAUGUUCUUAUGGAAGUUUCAGAUCUGUUUUAUUGAUCUUUGAUAACAUUGCCAAAGUAAGCAUUACUGUUCCACCGUAAUUGUCAACUUCACAACAAUGUAUCGGGGUUUAUUGCCCCAAUAAAUAAUGAAUGCCAAUAUUCUGUAACUGUUAUAAGAUUUUGUUAAAUACUUACAUGCAGCUUAUAUACACUUUGAACAAAUAAUUGUCUCUUACAGUGCAAUAUACAACUUGUCUUUAUUUUAUUUUUAUUUUGGUUGCUGUUGAUUGUUAUGGUGCUUGUUCUUACUUGUUGAUUGUUUUACUAUGUACUAUGUAUUUUACUUUGUUAAGCUAUCUUUUGUGAAGACAUCUCAACUAAAUUGUGAUUCUAUACACAUUUGUAAUAAUCCAGUUAUCUGGCAUAAUUGUUUUAGUGUCAGUGGAAAUUUUGCAAUAAUUAUUUUUUUUUCUCAGUUUUUGCGACCUAUCUCUGAUAUCAUAUUGAUGUAUAAUUGAGUGGCACCAUGAGAAAACCAACAUAGUGCAUUUGCGACCAGCAUGGAUCCCGACCAGCCUGCACAUCCAUGCAGUCUGGUCAUGAUCCAUGCUGUUUGCUUUCAGAUCCUAUUUCAAUUAGAGAAACCGUUACCAAACAGCAUGGAUCCUGACCAGACUGCGCAGAUGUGCGGGCUGGUCUGGAUCAGUGCUGGUCAGGAAUGCACUAUGUUGGUUUUCUCAUGGCGCGGCUCAAAUACUGGUCCUAAAUACAGUUGAAACUCCAUAUCUGGAACUCGCUUAUCUCAAAAUUCCAUCUAUCUCGAAGACAUUUGUGUACAAAAUAGCAUUUUAAGUAAAAUUUCCAUUAUCCCAAAGUAAAACGCUCGAUCCCUUGGAAUUUGAGAUACCUUUUAAAGUUUAAACUGCAAUUUCAUUUUUAGCUUUCUUUACAUAAAACUAUGGACUAAAUUCUCUAGGAGCUCAUUUUCAUGAACAAGAAUUGAAGGGAGUGGACCAAUCAUGACUCGACAGUUUUCAUUUGAUUACUUAAUGUAUAGUCUCGGUGCUAGGUACUGGCGUUCCUCAACUGGUAUAGAUACAGUGAAGAAUACAAGAUGAGCACUACUGUACAAAAAACAAAUGUUAGGUUUUUACGACCAGUAUUGAUCUAGAUCAGUUUGCACAUCCGUGCAGUCUUAUCUGGAUCAACAGUUGCAUACAAGUACUGAAAUUGAUAAACAAGCAGUAUGGAUGUGCACUGAUUUGCAUCCUUGCUGAUCACAAAGCCGUAACGUUGGUUUUCACUUGGCGGUGCUUGGAUGAAAACAUUAACGAUUGUCAUGAUAAGUCUGUUAUGUUAAUGGUUAUAAUUCAUGAAAUUUUUUAGCAAAAACUUCUUUGUUUACAUUGAUGAAAUCCAGUCAGUUCUAAGUUUUUUUCCAUGUUAUAUGUUUUAGGCUUCCUAUAUUGUCUCGUAUGAAUAUAUGUUAUGUAAUUAUUUAAGCCUACUAGAAUGAAAGCCAAAAUGUUCUUUUAUCAUUGUUCUCUUGUCUGAUACUUGGUGCAAGAUGCAAGAAUUUCACAUAAAUGCUGCCAAAUUAAAAAUGUCAGGUUCUAAUAGUACUGAUGUAAUUUGAUUUUGUCCAUCAUUGAGAGGCAUGUGUGUUUUUUUGACAGGUUUGCAAAGAGGAAUCUAGUGUUUUCAGAAAAUGUAUAGAUGUAUUUAGAAUGUAUUUUUAAGAAAAAUUAAAGUGAAAUUUGAAUACAGUAUAAGAUAAUACAGUGUUUACAUUCUGACAAGAUAUUUUUAAUGCAAUGAACACAUAGUAACAAUGUAUAGUCUUAUAUAGGUAGGGACAAUUAGAAUUAGAUUCUGUUUUAGAAUUAAGAUUGGCUUUGAAAUGUUCAGGACAGUUUUUAAAAAAAUUUACCCAAUCGAUCAGCUGUCUGCAAUCUAUUUCUCAUCGAUUAGUGAAAAUAUAUAAAUUUUGGAAAUUAAUAAUAAAAGAUAUUAAUUUGUACAACUGAUUUCAUGUAAUUUCCCCAAAUUCACUGGCAUGCAAACACUAGUUAAAACUUCCUGGAAUUUAUUCAGGAGACGUGUCAUACAUUGAAUAUAGUUUCUAGCAAAUUAGUCCUGGGCGGGCAAGUUGUAGCCGAGGUUGGCUCUUGAUUGAAGUACGAUUUUAACUUAUGCUGAAAACUAUUACACGGUCAUGUGUUUUGUGUUUAUAAUAUGUGAUAAUUUUGUUACUUAUAGCUGUCUUAAUGAGGUAGAAUAAAUACAUGAAUUUAAACAUUG